UGUGUGUGUGUGUGACAUCGUACUGCUGCGCGGCGAGACGACACCGCGCCGUCAACGACACGCGACGCCGCAUCGGCCUGCCGCCCAUCGACCUGCACAAGUACGUGUGUGUGUGUGUGUGUGUGUGUGUGACAUCGUACUGCUGCGCGGCGAGACGACACCGCGCCGUCAACGACACGCGACGCCGCAUCGGCCUGCCGCCCAUCGACCUGCACAAACACGCGGGCGCGGCGUGCUCGUGCUGCUGCGCACACACGCGCGACUCGGGCGGCGCGCUGCUGCGGCAGCUAGCGGCGUUACACGCACACGUGGCGCGCGUCACCAGGCAGACGCAGACGGAGCCCAUCAACAAAAAAAAAUCCAAAAAUAUCUCAUUAUCGGACUCACUCGCUGCGGAGAAAGAUCCCAAAACAACUAAACCCAAGCCGAUUUCUAUUCCGAAAGACCAGUCGAAGUCAAUUCCGACCAGUAAGUUGAGGUCAAUUUUGAUGAGUAAGAAGAAGUCAAUAGCGGACAAGUCGAAGUCAGCCCCGGGCAGCAAAUCGAAUUUAACCCCAGAUGACCAGACGUCUACUCCGGCUAGCAAGUCGAAGUCAGCCCCGCGUAGCGUAUCGAAGUCAGCCCCAGAUGACAAGACGGAGUCUACUCCUCCGGCCAGCACGUCGAAGUCAGCCCCGGGUAGCGUAUUGAAGUCAACUCCAGAUGAGAAGACCAAGCCUACUCCGGCCAGUAAGUCGAAGUCAACCUCAAGAAGAAAGUCGAAGUCAACUCCGGCCAGCAACUCGUGCCCGCCAAGCGCGAUGGGUGUGUCAGCGGGCGCGAGCGCUGCGUUCGACUCGGCGUACAGCGAGUGGCUGCGCCAGAAGAGCGUCAACACGCAGUACUUCAACUUCCCCCCCCCGCCCGCCGACACCUCCAGGCGCAGGAGGAAGAAGGCGCCUCCCCCUGUGCCGGCCCCCGCCCCCGCCCCCGCCCCCGCCCCCGCGUCCCCCGCUCCGCCCACGCUGGUGGUGUCGCCGCUGUCGGACGCGCGGGGCCGGCCGGUGGCGCAGCCCAUCUCGCAGCGCCCGCUCUCCAUCCUCGAGGAGUACGCGCGCUCGCUGCCCGCCACGCCGCCGCCACCGACCACCAUGCUCAGCGCGGGCAGCACGGUGCUGGUGGCGCUGCCGGUGGAGGCGCUGGGCUCGCUGGCGCGGGCGGUGCGGGCGGUGCGGGGGCCGGGCGGGGGAGCGGGGCGGCGGCCGCGCCUGCUGUCGCUGGCGCACGCCGUGCCCAGCGCCGACGUCAUCGAGAUACCCGACGACGAGCCCGCCGCCUGCCCGGAGCCCGCGGGCUGCCUGGCGCCGGGCUCCGAGGCGUGUGACCCCGCCAUGUUCGCCGACCCGCGCGCCAUGCCCGACUUCCUGCAGCAGCUCAGCCGCGCCGCCGACGACGACUCUGAACAGCUGUACGUGCACAAGCGGUGUGCGCGCGUGGUGGCGGCGCGGCGAGUGCGGUGCGGCGCGGCGCUGCUCCGCGCGGACGCGGCGCGGCUGCCGCGCGUGCUCCGCGCGGGCGGGCGCACGCUGCUGCUGGCGUGCGAGGCGGAGCUGCCGGCCGCGCAGCCCACGUUCUGGACGCUGGACGAGUUCGCGGUGACGCAGCGCGUGGAGCUGGACGACGACCGCGCCGACCGCGUGCCCGAACACCGCGUCUGUCAGCACCAGCACCAGUUCCAGGUGGUGACGGCAGUAUGCGACGGCGCGGGACUGCGUGCGGCGGUGGGUGCGGGCGGGCGCGUGUUCGCGCUGGACGUGCUGCGCGCGCGGCGGCACGAGCUGGCGCUGACGCCGAGCUCGCGCGCCGGCCGGAGCAUCUACCGCGCCGCGCCGCGACACGCCAUGCCCGGGGACGACCUCUACGGUCUGGAGUUCGAGCUGGACGCGGACGACGACACGUGCGGCGCGCAGUACACCGCGCAGCCAGCCGCCGGCGCUGAUGACGUCACCACUGUCUCCGCGCCCGGUAACGUGGCCACUCUCUCGCUGGUGAACGCGACGCCCACGGAACAUACCGCCAAGCUAACGAGCCUGCUCGCUCCGGUGACGUCACACGACAUGGCCACCGUGACGAAACUGGAACCCACCUGUGCCCAGGCGAGCGCACCCGCUGCUGUCACAUCACAUGACGUCACUCCGACACUCAUAGCCGUGACGUCACAAGACACAACUGAAGACGUCGCUGAAGUCCACACACUCUCUACCACACCUGACACCACCACCCUCACAUCUCCAGAAGCUACCAAUGAGCUGACGAGCGACCCCGCACUCGCCACCUUACGCGACGUCACUGACGACGUCACUCCGACGCUCACCAAUGACGACGCCAGCGACUCCGUGCUCAUCACGUCACAGGACAUGACCGAUGACGUCACUCCCUCACUCGCAACCGUGACGUCACUAGGAACUGCCAGCAACCCGUUAAGCGCACCCGCUGCUGUGACUCAACAUGACAGCACUGAUGAUAGUAUGAUCGUAGCUGUAAAGUCGCUGGAUACUAGCAGUGACGUGACGAACACACACGACACCACCAGUGACGUCACCGCAGCCGUCACACACACUGCCAUGGAGAACUAAAUGACGAGCGGAGGUGCCGUAACGAGAAAUCUAAGGCCUCAUUUACGGAGACGCGGGGCGUCGCGCGUUGCGUUGAGCGGCGCGGCCCGCACUGAAUUCAAAUAUAUGGCGUUGUAUGUGUGCGUUUACGGAAAAGCGAUUUUAGACGCGUUUGUUUGUUUGUUUGUUUUUUGCGGCCGAGCCCGCGGAUGGCACCGACGCGUCCCACGCGGCGUUUAUCGCGGCGGCGCACGCAGCGGCAAUUCUCGAUGAAGCUAUGUCCGAGGCGGAAUCUUCUGUCAGUCUUAUUUAUUUAGAUUUGAUCGAGGCGAGCGUGCGCCGCCGCGAUGCCCGCCGCGUGCUUCGCUACACACUAGAGGAUUCGCCGCCACGCUUCCCGUCUCGCUUCUCUAUGAACAUGGUCGUAUAUUGCUAUAAGUUUGUGUUUACGCGUGCGAUGAUGCGUGCCGCUUCACGCGCCGCCCCACCGUAAACAGAAAAAACGUUCGACGCGCCGCGAGACGCCACGCCACACGCGACGCGAGACGCCCCGCGUCUCCGUAAAUGAGGCCUUAGGAAGCCACAAAACUCGGGUGUUCGGGGGACGACGAACGUUACUAGCUACGCCUUCUUUGCAACCCUAUAAUUUUUUAAUACCAAAAAUCGUUAAGAGAUGUAUCAAAGAACCCAAACGCCUCGUUUGUUUACUAGUAAGUGAUCGUUUUUGCCACGCCUGCAGUACGUUACUUGACCUACUUGCGUUAUGGCAUCUCCGCUCAUGUUUCCUUCCUCCGUGGCCACGACAGAGGUUGCGGAAUCUGUUCCCGCAUCACUCACUCAUGACUGGUUAAUUUAAUUUGGAGGUUUUAGCUAUAGAAUGUAUGUAUUAAGAAAUAAAUAUAUAAAACGGUAUGUUUACGGAUUGUCUGGUACCCACGGUACAAGCUUUGCUUAUUUCGGUACUAGAUGGCGUUGUAUGUAAGUAUAUUAUUGUAGUAGUAUACAAAGAUAGUAUUUAAUUGAACAAAGUGCCUCAUUUAAGUCAGACUGUGGUCUGAUCAGACAAAGAUAUUUUAAUUACAGUUCGAUAAUAGGAUCUUCAUAAAAGGUACCACUCACAACACACUAUUGCAUUCAAAUCUAUGCCCUAUAGCGCAGAGCAUAAAGCAUAGUUUUGUAUAAAUACAAGUACGAGCUGUUAUUUGUUCCAAUGCUUUUAAAGUAAUUUAGUUAAUUAAACUAACUCGGUCUUUCGUGAAUAUGUGUCUUCCUGAGUCAUAGUGACACUAGCGUUUCCUACGGUUUCACUCGUUGCGGGGAACUCCUUCCUGUGCCCGGACGAAAUAUAGCCUAGUUAGUCUAGUUUACAAAGAGUAAAGAAUUUUUCAAAUCGUUUCACAGGUUUUGAGUCUAUAGAUUACCUACAAAUAAAUAAAAAAUCCUGUUUAUUAUAUUAGUAUAGACUACAACCUGACACUAGUAGAUAGGCAAUAUUUUUUUUUUUAUAUGAUUAUCAAAUAAGAAGCUGUAAUACGUACAAAGAAUUAAAUAAAUUUUGUUUUCUAUCGUGACGCGAUGCGUGCAAUGUGUGUACGAAAUACAAUACUUAUAAUUUUAAUAUUGUGUGUGUCUUAUAUUAUUAUUUCUAAGCGUAUUGUGUGUAUUCAAAUGUAUUUUUUUGUCUAUUCCUAUAAUUUACAUACUGGAAAGUAUAAUACUGUAUUUUAAGUUAAAUGCGUUUUGUAUCACAAUGUGUGUGUCCCAUUCCGGCAACUAGUGUCGGCGACCGGCCGUACAUGUAGCGAGCUAGACCAGCGACCAUACCUACUCAAUACAAGGCCGCCAGGUUUGUAUGCGAGGCGUUUCCAUCAUACAAAGCUGUGUCUACGCUAGACGAACCGAGCACGAGCGGAGCACGAGCCGAACACAAUUCGUCUAGUGUGGACCAACUUACAAGCCUCUAACGAGCGCGCUCCGAGCAUUUCGUUCGUGCUCGGCUGCGUUCCGCCUGUUGUCGGUUUUGCCCUUGUGACGCCCUUUAUAAUAAGGGCUUGGUUGGCUGCAACAGCGGCGGCUACUGCAAUAUUAUUAAUAUCGUCCAUAUUCGCCAAGAGCCGCUAACUCACUGCGGAAAACUACGUUCGAGAACAGUGAACAUUUGUCGCCGCGAACGACGGCUCCGCUUGUGCUUCGCCCGUGCUCGGUUCGUCUAGCGUAGACCCGCCCCAAGGUGUUGAUUUGCAUUUGUGCCAUACUUCAGGAGGAGGACAUAAAAAACGUAAAUAAUCGAUUAGAAUUACAGUAGACGGGAAAUAGCUAAUAUGCACUGUUUUUUUGUCAUUGUAAUGUCGUAGUAUUUCAGAAGUAAUCCAAUUUUAAUAAUGAAAUUUAUGAAUAAUCGUUGCGUAUGCUUGGUGUUUGCGUUUGUAUGAGAGCGAAGAGCGGUUGCCAGUAACACACGCGCCAUGUUUAAAUAGAUGAAAUUGAGGGAAUUCCGAAAAAAACAAUUUUUUUGUUGAUUUGGGUCGAGAAUCAUUAGCAUAAUUACGUCCUUGAAUAUGGCACGGAUGCAAAUCAACAGCUUGUAUUAUAUUUAUUAGUAGUUAUAAAUAAGUUGAUUAUGAUUAACGCAGUCAUCAAAUAUAUAAUAAAAUAUGAUCUGCCAAGAGUCUACUUCCAGCACUCCGAUAAAAAGUAUACUUCACCCAAAGAUAGUGUAGCUUCCCGACAGUGAAAUAUUUUUUCAUAGCGGUUCAGCAGUUUCGGGACCUUUCGGUACAAACCGUUAAAAUAUUUCGCCUCGGAACGGUGGAUCCACUUACGAUACCCCGUAAUAAUGACUUUACAAUACUUUAAUUAAAACUUAUUUAAGUACGCAUUAUUUACAAAUUAUUUUGUAUAUCUUUAUGAUUUACUAACGUAUUCUUUUGUCUGAUUUCUUUAUUUCUAUUAUCUAUGUAAAGCAGCACCUGCUCUGCUCAACUGAUUUUCGCGCUGAUUAUUUAUGUUUCGUUAUGAUUAGGUUUGUGGUAACAAUGAUUCUAAUAUAUUAACACUAAGGCUGAAAUGUACACCACUGUUACUUAAACUAUAUUAUUACGAUAUUACGUUGAUUACAAAUAUCACAAUAGAUAGUGUUACGUUCAAUAGAAUCAUGUUUAUUAGUUGUAAAUGGAAAGUGUUCAACAAUAAUAAAGUAUAUGAAACUAUU